AUGUUCUCCGUCUCCGUAUCGCCCAUCUCCGUGGGCUCCAAUGUCUUCUUCGCUUUGGCACUCUUCGCCAUUUCCGCCCUCGUCCUCUUGCUCUUGCGCCGCUUUCUGACCCUCCGCGCCACGCCGGCAUACCUCAUAGUCCCCAUAUUUUUGGCACUAGCUCUCCCCGCUAGUGUAGUGCUGCUUGUUCCGAUUGACUUGGCAUCCAGUUCACACGAUGGCACUGGUCCCAAGGCAAUUUGGUUACCCGAGCGAGUGGUGCUCGUGUGCUGGCGCAUCGCAUACUGGCUCAUCUUCAUGCUGACCUGGGCGAUCCUCCCUCUACUGGGCGAAUAUGUCGACUCCGGAUACCGCGAACCCAAGGCCCGCCUCCUCUACUCCCUCCGCAUGAACGCCCGAUACCAGUUGAUCGUCUUGAGCUGUGCGGUAGUGGGACUAGUCUAUGUCUCGAUCUCUAAUGGAUUCAGAUUCACCUCUAUCAAAGGUCUCGUCAUGGCGCUGGCCUAUGUGUGGGGUCUCGUGCUGGCCAUCUACCUCAUGGGUCAUGGCUUGGUCUCCAUUCCCCGGAAUCUGAUCCGCAACGCGAAUGUUAGCGGUCGCCUGCGACGGGUCCAGGCCCAUGCGCCCAAGGUUCACGAUCGCUUGAUGGAUGCGGUAAACGAAUUGGAAAGUCUCAAUUCACAAGUUGCCCAACUCCAGCAGCGCAAAACCGGAACUGCUCGCGAUUUCCAGGAAUGGAUUGAAGAUCUAUCCGAAGGUUCUGGGUCGGCUGAUGUACGAGUUCCAAUCCUCGAAGCCCCUGAGUCCUCGAGUACAAUUCCGUCUGUGAUCACCGAGCGAUACCUGGCCGACCUGACCCGGCGCCUGCAGCGCUCCCGGCACAUGAAGGCUCGUUUCGUGGAUGAAUGGGACCGGCUGGUUCAACUCGCAGCUGAUCUCCAGGCUAUCAUCAACUCGGCCGCAUCCAAGAAACUUGACUUUGGCCCCGCACCCCGCCGAUCAUCUUGCUUCCCUCGCACCAAACUCUUGACGCCGUAUAUGCGCUAUCAAGUGUACUCGAACGUCAUUCCAUCGAUCCGGUUGGCCUUUGGAACGUUCUUUUCUGUCGCAUCAGUCUGCAUUGUCUGGUCGGAAUUGAUCAAGUCUGUGGCUCCCCAAUUGUCUAUUGUGAGCUUGACCAUUUUGCCCAAUUACAAAGAGCCCAAACCUCUUGGAUUCGGCAAGCAACUCAUCACUUCCGCUUGGCUCUUGUAUAUGUGUUCUGCUGCCCUGGUCGGCGUCAAUGAUGUCAAGGUUUGGGGUAACCGAGCCCUGGUGCGCCGGAACACGUACGGCGAGAGUGCAUGCUGGUAUGCCAGCCUGGUCGCUCGCCUUACGGUGCCAAUCGCCUACAACUUCUUGACCUUCUUGCCGAAAAACUUCCGUCGCGAAACCACUUUCUACGAGUUCUUGGGUAAGCUCAUCAACCUCACGCCCCUUGGCCACGGCUUUGAUUUCAUCUUCCCAAUUUUUAUUCUUCUGCCAAUUUGCGCCACGCUAUUCAACCUCUACGGCCGCAUCAAGAAGAUUUUUGGUUUCGGUCUCGCUGAGGAGGACGACAUCCACGACGUGGAAAACAACCCCUCGGGUUACGGAAUGGGUGGCUGGCGUGAAGGCCGUGAUCUCAUCGAGCGCGAACUGAACGGGUUUGGCUCACUAGCCGUGUCCUCCCGUGGAACUCGCUCCACCUGGGCAGCAGAUCGCGAUGACGAGACCGACUCACGUGGCUCUUCGAGAUUGCGAGUUCCCGCAGCCGAGGGAUCUCGAUCUCCACGAGCCACUCAGCGACCCGUCACCGCACCCACGAUCAUCGAUGGGGAAGAGGAAGAAGAAGAGAACUUCUUCCAAUCCUUUGCCCAUCGCGUUCGUAACACCUUAGAGACCACCAAUACACCCCAGUGGUUCCAAGGCGAGCCAUUUCGUCUCCCUCGAUGGAUGUCCGGGGACAACAACACCACCACGGAAGAGGGUGGUGUUACCCGGUUAUUUGGUGGACGUGCCGCACCUGGCCGUGUCCGUUUGGGCUAG